GGGAAGCAGGGAACGCAAAGGGAAGAAACAAGAACAAGAAUAAAUAGGCAGGCAGCAAUGAAUACUGAAUAUGAAUGAAGAAAGAGAGAUGGAUUCUUGGUAAACUGGGGAGAGAAGAAAGAACAGAAGAAACAGAGCAAACAUUGUCCUCUGUGGACCAUUGAUUUCCCAUCUUACAUUUCAAACCAAAACAACAAAAGGAACAGUUUUGGCCCACUGAAUCACUGACCACCAUAAUCCUUCCUUUCAUUGAUUGAUCUUUAUACCUUAGUACUUAGUAGAAUAAAGAUUCCCACCUCUCUAUGCUUCUUUCUUCUUCAUCUUUACCAUGAGUCUUCUUGUUCUUCAGAUCUGCCUCCUUUCUUCUGUGUCACUCCUGUUGCUGCCUGAGGCUACUGGAUUGUCAUCAUCAUCCGAAUUCCGAAGGUCGAAAGCCGAGUACUACCGCAGCCCAGAUUGCUUGGGCACAUCAACUGGAGCUUGUGGUUAUGGCAUCCAUGGAAGCACCAUCAACAAUGCUCUGGUGGCUGGAGUUUCUGGGCUAUGGAAUAACGGGAUCGGCUGUGGAGCUUGCUACCAGGUGAGAUGCAAGGUUGAUAACCUAUGCAAAGAGGAAGGGAUAACGGUGGUGGUGACCGACAAUGCCUCAGGAGGCGAUGUCGAUUUCAUUCUCAGCGCACAUGCCUACGGAAGCAUGGCUCAUCCCAACAAUACUGCCGAGCUAUUCUGGAAAGGGGUGGUGGACAUCGAGUAUCGACGUACAAAGUGCCAGUUCCCAGGCUACAACCUCAUAUUCAAGGUUGUGGAGCAGAGCCACUACCCUCACUACUUGGCCAUAGCCCCUAUGUUCCACGGUGGGGAAAAAGAUAUCUUUGGUCUGGAAAUUAGUCCGGAGGGUAAUGAGGAAUGGAAGAGUAUGAACAAGGCGUGGGGUGGAGUUUGGGACUUGCCUAAUCCGCCAUCAGGUGCUCUUAAAGUAAAGGUCAAAGUUGGGACUAGCAAUGGGGAGCAGAAAUGGGUAGAAGCAAAUAAGGCCUUACCGAGUUCGUGGAAGCCUGGUGCUGGCUAUGAUUCCCACGUCAAGCUUGCUUGAAAGAUCCUCCAUGAUUAUUAUGAGUGAAAAAUGCCUCUAUUUGCUAGAUAUCCUGAGUGAUCCAUGAAAAGAAAACUCAGUUGUGAUUGAAAAUGUU